UCUCUUUCAUUUUCUCACUGUUUCUUUCAUGGAGGUGUCUCACAAACAUCCUCUGAGGAUCGUCUUCCAUCUCCACUCUUGGCUUCCCUGUAGGGGAGCAUUGUGGUCAUUCUGCAACAGGACAUAGUUGGAGUUCAUGAGACGGCUGUGUGAUUGUGCGUGGUGUGUGUCUACGCGUCUUUUGGUGUGCUGUUUUUUCUUCUGCACAUCUUCUGCAAAGGAACUGUAGAUUUCUGCAUCUACUGCACUGUACAGACACUGCGCAACUGAAGAGCAUUUCUGCGAAUAUCUCCCACAGCUGGUAACUCUCACACCCUCUCCCGCUCCCGCUCCCCUCGCUGCUGCGUGCCUCCCUCAGCGGGGUUUGUGUGGGUGUGUGCGUGCGCGCGCACCCCUCGUCAUUUCACGUGUGUGUGGGUCUUGAUCAGCCGGAACCCUGUUCGGCUCCAUCACAAACACCGCCGGCGGUGGCGGUGGAGCUGGGUCAGGUAUGCAGGUGUCGUUCGUGUGCUCGGACCACCGGUCCAUGAGCCGGAGCACCGACGACCGCCUCAACCGCCAGCAGAACACCAGCAGCCCCAGCGGCGGCGGCCCGCGCAGCAAGUUCCGCGCCGUGGCCAUGGUGGCUCGCAGCCUCGGCCAGCUGUCCGUGCAGAGCGUGCCCACGUCCAGCGAGCAGAGCAUACGGACCGGCAUGAAGUAUAGAAACCUAGGAAAGUCGGGACUGAGAGUGUCAUGCCUAGGGCUCGGAACAUGGGUCACAUUCGGAGGACAGAUCACAGACGAGAUGGCGGAGCAGCUGAUGACGUUGGCCUAUGAGAAUGGGAUCAAUCUGUUUGACACAGCGGAGGUCUACGCUGCAGGAAAGGCGGAGGUUGUACUCGGUAACGUCAUUAAGAAGAAAGGAUGGAGGCGAUCCAGUUUAGUCAUCACAACUAAAAUAUUCUGGGGUGGAAAGGCAGAAACUGAAAGAGGGCUAUCCAGAAAACAUAUAAUAGAAGGUUUAAAAGCCUCGUUGGACAGAUUGCAGUUGGAGUAUGUGGAUGUCGUGUUUGCAAAUAGACCAGAUCCCAACACACCCAUGGAAGAAACGGUGCGAGCGAUGACCCAUGUGAUCAACCAAGGGAUGGCGAUGUACUGGGGCACGUCGCGCUGGAGUCCCAUGGAGAUCAUGGAGGCGUACUCUGUAGCGCGGCAAUUCAACCAGAUCCCGCCCAUCUGCGAGCAGGCCGAGUACCACAUGUUCCAGAGGGAGAAGGUGGAGGUGCAGCUACCAGAACUCUUUCACAAAAUAGGUGUUGGGGCGAUGACCUGGUCUCCACUGGCGUGUGGGAUCAUCUCAGGGAAAUACGACAGUGGGGUGCCGCCCUACUCCCGCGCCUCUCUAAAGGGCUACCAGUGGCUGAAGGACAAGAUCUUGAGCGAGGAGGGCCGGCGCCAGCAGGCGAAGCUGAAAGAGCUGCAGGCCAUCGCCGAGCGGCUCGGGUGCACCCUGCCGCAACUCGCCAUCGCGUGGUGCCUGAGGAAUGAAGGGGUGAGCUCUGUACUCUUAGGAGCCUCCAACACGGACCAGCUGAUGGAGAACAUAGGAGCAAUACAGGUUCUUCCAAAGUUGUCCUCCUCCAUAACGCACGAGGUGGACAGUAUCCUGGGGAACAAGCCCUACAGUAAAAAGGACUACCGCUCCUAAACUGCUUGGACAUCCCCCUGCCCUCCACUCCAGCUUCACUGCACCGCGUCCUGCCUCCUCCUCCUCCUCCUCCUCUUCCUCUUCCUCCUCGUCCUCCUCACUUACGCCCCCUCCACUCAGCUCCGUCCCAUGCCUGUUCCCGCUUGAGCUACAACUGAAUGACACCCAGCCCACCCGGCGCAUGAGAUCGCCUCUCCUCCCACCAGAGGGGAACUACGCCAUUUAGAACAUCAAAAAAAUGAUUAAAAAAAUAAAUACAUGACAAAAAAAUGAAGGAGAAAACAAACACCAGGAAAAGCAAGGGGGUGAAACGAUUAAAAAAUAUAUAUAUGUUUAGCUAGGUAGUAAAAGCAUAAGAAAAGUUUUUAAGAAGUAAAUUGAAAUGGCAAUGGUUAUACAUAAUCCGUUGGCAGAGGGUGAAGUGGAUGAAACGGUGUAUGAGAUUGUGGUUUGGAAAAAAAAAAGAAAACACAACACACAUAAAACACUGCUGAAACAUAUUUUAAAAAAGGGAUGCCGACCAAAAAAGGAAAAAAGCACACGCUUGCUUGGCUGUUGGAAAUUAAACUUGUUUUUUGAUUUUA